AUGCUUACUAAACAUAUUGUUACACAUACUUACGCCGUACUAUACCUAAAGUUAGACAUACCUAAAAAACUUCCGCAACAUAUUAAAGAGGAAAUCAUUAAACGGGCCGACAAUGCCUUGAAGACAAAGUGGGGCACAUUAUUGGCCGCAACACAGUUGCAGUACUUGGUUGACGGCGACCGCUAUACUUAUCAGGGCUUUCUCAACGAUAGGCGCAAAAAAUUGAUGAAUUUAAUUGUGGCACAAGUGCUCACUGGAGACAAAAAAUAUCUAAAUGAUAUCGCGAAUGGCAUUUGGCUUAUAAUGGAGGAGAGUUCGUGGAUAUGGCCGGCGCACCUCUAUCUCCAAAAGGCUGGACUUGGUUUACCCGACCCCAGACAGACUGUUAUAGAUCUCGGUGCUGGACAAACGUCCGCUUACAUAGCGUGGGCGCAAUUGUUUGUCGGCAAACAAUUGGCAAAAGUAUCCCCUAUUAUAUCGCAACGCAUAGAAUUUGAAUUGAAUCGACGAAUAGUGCGGCCAUAUCUGGACGAUCAACACAUGCCAUGGAUGGGCUUCGAUGGCUACGAGUUCUGCAGAUGGAAUGUCGGCAACAAUUGGAACGCUUGGAUUAAUAGCAAUAUUAUUAUGACAUCUUUCCUCAGUCUUAACGAGCCGUCGAGGAAUGAUAUAAUUAAAAGAUCUGUUUUAAGCGCUGAUAUAUUCACCAAUAGAUACCCAAACGAUGGCGGAGAUAAUGAAGGGCCGCACUAUUGGGCCGCUGCCGGCGGUCGACUCAUUCAAUUCUUAAGUCUCAUGUCAUCGGUGUCUGGAAAUCAGAUCAAUUGGUCAUCAAAUCAAUUAUUGAAGAGAACGGGAGAGUAUAUCUAUAGAGUGCAUAUUGACAAAGAUCACUUUUUCAAUUAUGGCGAUACACCGGCCCGAGAAAUAUACGACCCGUCGCUUGUACUUCAAUACGGAUUGAUAUUCAACGACAACCUAAUGAAACAAUUUGCCUCUUAUUUGAAUCAUUUGAGGGGAAGUGAGGGAACGAUUUCCAGUCGACUUCAAAGCGGGGAAUUGAAUCAGAUAUUCAUCCAAUUGUCGGCGAACACAAAGUUUGCAGAAAUUACACCCAAAGCCCCGCAACCAAUGGAGUCUUGGUUUCCGGACCUACAGGUCAUCACAUUGAGAACCAAAGAAGGAUCGGCUGAAGGAAUCUUUUUAGGAGCAAAAGCCGGUUCUAACUAUGACACUCAACAUAACCACAACGAUGUCGGAAGUUUUGUUCUGUAUGUCAAUGGUUUGCCGGCAUUGAUAGACAUAGGAGUCGGCACUUAUACUAUCGACACAUUUAGUGAUCACAGAUAUAAUAUAUGGAAUUUUCAGUCCCAAUGGCAUAACACCCCAACUAUUAACGGCAUUCAACAGCAAUGCGGACCUCAAUUUAAGGCACAAUACGCUAAGUAUACUAAAUUGGAAAAUGGAGGUGAGUUUGAGACCGAUAUCGCCGGCGCUUAUCCUCCAGAAGCACAGGUCAAGAGUUGGAUCAGGAAAUGGACUUUUAAUAGAAAUACAAAUACUGUUGUUCUGACCGAGAAAUAUGUUUUGAUUCUCGAAAAUAAGAGCACAAAACUCUAUAUGAGUUACGAUUCAAUUCAAAACGACGUUGAAGUGGACCGACACGACACUCAAGAUCCAAGUAUUUCCGGUAUUUGGGGUCAAUAUAUCAAUAGAGUGUCUUUAGUGACCAAAUCAGAGGCACUUGAGGGAGAAUUUGUGGUCAAAUUUCAUUUGUAA